AUGGCACGAGGGCCUCCUGGAAAGGCCCGCGACUAUGACUACUCCAAUGUGGGAACUACAGGAAGGCGCACUGGAAUCUCUUUGAAGGAAGGCCGCCGCGAUGAACAUGGCAUGGAGGAAGUCGAUGGCCUCUUUUCCUCGCCCGAAAAGUCGCCUGCCGAAUUGCGCGCCUUUGACGAAGAUAAUGGCUCUUCGACUGGCUCUGACGGCAUGUCCCUAGACGAAGGCAAUGCGCCAGGUCCUAUGGACUUUCUUAAAGGCAGCUCACGUCGUUCUUCUCACCUCCCGCCGCCCGCUGCACGAUCGCCCAUGAAGACUGGACUUACUGGAUCUCCACGAAGAACCCCUGCGCUACGAUCGUCUUCAGCCACCCCACCCCCGGAAUCAUCUAGUCCAUCUGAAAGAAAUGGGCUCAGCGCACACAACGAGUCCCGUCUGGAUCAUUCUCCCCUAUCUGCCCGCUCCGUAAACGUGGGGCGUUCGAAUCAACAGAAUGGCACACGGCAAAACGCGACAAAAGCGCAACUAAUAGAAGAUCCCGAACCGACAUCUCUACCCGAAUUUUCCGAUGGCGAAGACGAUGGCGACGAGAAUGCAUUUGCGCAGGUGCAAAGAGACUUUGGUGAUGGUCUGGUAACCGAAGACGACCUACUGCCAACUGCAGAGCUUUCCGACCCUCCGUCGGCUGAUGAAAAUGAACCUGAAGACAGUCCUCCAGUUGAACCUGCGCCAAAAGUCAAACCAGCGGCGAGCUCCAAGUCAACUAAGAAGGGCAGACCCGCCAAACCCGCCAAAAGUGUUGAAACAGACCAAGCUCCGGUGAAGCCUGCAGGGCGACGGGGACGCCCUGCCAAGUCUGCGCCGCGCGAAGAACCAGAGGAAGACUCCAACCCGCGCCCAACUAAAAAGCAAAAGAGCGCUGCGAAAGCACCUGAACGGGAACCAGCUGAACGGGAACCUCUCGAGCCAGAAUUGGACAAAGUGGUCACAGACUACGCCAAGCGCACAGGUCCAUUGAAAGGUCGCAGUCUUUAUAUUCUCAAGAGAGAGACUCCCACUGACACCAAUGCGACUCACACUCGAUCUGGCCGUACUUCUGUCCGACCGCUGGCGUACUGGCGCAAUGAGCGAUGCGUAUUCGGGGAUGGGGAGGCUGCCGAGGGACAUCGGUACCCACUCUCCACUCUCAAGGAGGUCAUCCGUACCGAGGAGCAGGAGCCGGAAAAGAAGAAGAAGGGCAAGCGACCAGCAUCCCAGAAAUCCAAGUCUAAGAAGCGCAAGGACGAAUCGUCGGAUGAAGAAGAUGAGGUGGAUGUGUGGGAGAAGGAGGGUGGUGUGCUUCAUGGCUAUACCCUCAAGUGGGAUAGUAAGACACAGACCGGCUCCAAGGAAGAAGAAGUGCUAGAUAUUGCUUAUGCCCCCUCUGGCAUCGAAACUCGAGAGGUCAAGGGUUCCACGUUCAGGUUCGCCAAACUUCUGAGUUCUUCCUUCAUUGGGUCUGGAGUGGUUGAGCUUCCUCCUGAUGGAGUGAAGAAGCCCAAGAACUCGAAGAAAAUGCACAUGGUGUUCUAUGUCUGUCACGGACGUGUGCAAGUCGACAUUUCCGGCGUUCAAUUUAGUGCUGGCAAGGGCUGUGUAUUCCAAAUCCCCCGUGGUAACUACUAUAGCUUUGCAAAUCCCCAUGGCAAAGAAGCUCGAUUGUUCUUUACCCAAGGAUGUGUUCCCGAUGAGAGUGGGGAACAGAACGACACCCAAGGUGAACUCGACAAUGACAAUGACACUUCUGCAGUGUCUCGAGAGGGUAGCGCCGAGAGUGAGGCUGAAGCUGAAGCUCCUGCGCCUGAUCCUGCUCCUGCUCCCGUGAAGAAGUCCAAGGGUCGGCCCAAGGGCAAGCAGAAGAAAGGGAAAUAG